AUGAGCGUUCCGACCGCGCCCGAACUAGAUGACGACUCACAAUUAGUUAGCGAACGUGAGACCAUCAAGAAACUCAAAGCAGCAUGCCGCAAGGCCGACCAAUGGGCCGAGAAACACGCGUCGAUCUUUGAUCCCAAAAAGUAUGACCUGAUGCAUUUUGUCACUACCAAGGAAGUCGACCCCGAAUACACACCACUCACUCACACUACGAAACAACACGGUGACAGCGACGAGGACAGCGGAACGCUACCUAGGCUAUUGGCUAGAUCCAGGUCUGGAAUUCCACCAUCACUCCAAUUUACGAUCUUUGUUGAAAGACAUGAUACAUGCAAUAUGAUAAUGUGA